UGGCCCUGCGUUUGUUCUCCACGAUGAAGGAAAACCGCGGGAGAGCGCUCAGCGGCGGACAACUGCAUUCGGCCAGUGGGCACGAAAAUGAAUCUUAGCUGCUAUGUGCAAAACCCCUAGGUGUGUGGACAGAAGGGAGCCAGCCAGAAGGUUACAUCGAGUCAGGAAUAAACAACUACCAGGCGGAGGAUCCCAGACUCGGUCCUUCCUUUUGUUGGGUGAGGAGCGCCAGGCAAAGGCGUCCACAAAGGCUUUGGAGAGAAGCGGUUCCACCGUCCCCACUCGGCUCCAGCCCCCGGAAUAUAGGCAUGGACGGGAAGAAAUGCAGCGUGUGGAUGUUUUUACCUCUUGUAUUUACCGUGUUUACUUCAGCUGGACUGUGGAUAGUAUACUUUAUAGCUGUGGAAGAUGACAAAAUUUUCCCAUUAAAUUCAGCUGAAAGGAAACCUGGUGUGAAGCAUGCGCCAUAUAUAAGUAUUGCAGGUGAUGAACCUCCUGCGAGCUGUGUGUUUAGUCAAGUUAUGAACAUGGCAGCAUUCCUAGCUCUUGUGGUAGCUGUUCUGCGCUUCAUACAACUGAAACCAAAGGUUUUAAAUCCGUGGCUGAAUAUUAGUGGAUUGGUGGCACUCUGUCUGGCUUCCUUUGGAAUGACCUUACUUGGUAAUUUUCAGCUCACAAACGAUGAAGAAAUCCAUAAUGUGGGAACUUCCUUGACUUUUGGAUUUGGCACCUUGACCUGCUGGAUCCAGGCUGCACUGACACUCAAAGUCAACAUCAAGAAUGAAGGACGGAAAGUUGGAAUUCCACGAGUUGUUCUCUCAGCAUCUAUCACUCUCUGUGUGGUCCUCUACUUCAUCCUCAUGGCCCAAGGCAUCCACAUGUACGCCGCCAGGGUCCAGUGGGGCCUCGUCAUGUGCUUCCUGUCUUACUUUGGCACCUUUGCUGUGGAGUUCCGGCAUUAUCGUUAUGAGAUCGUUUGUUCUGAAUACCAGGAGAAUUUCCUAAGCUUUUCAGAAAGCCUGUCUGAAGCUUCUGAAUAUCAAACCGACCAGGUGUAACCCAUCAGUUGUUCCUUGCUGGUGCGGUGGGUGCAGCAGCAGGGGAGGGGCCAGGACACACCCACCGGACUUGACACAUAACCUCACGACACAUCACACACACACACGUCCGUGGCCACAAUUGCCAAAUGAGCUUUUCAGGGCGAGUCAUUUAACAAAAAAGCACAAGCCCUAGGUGUCGAAAUACACGCCGUUACACUGAAAAUAUAUUGCACGACAGAGCAAGAAGCUUGUGCACGAUCACGUCUCUUUCCCUCCCUCUCCCAGCACCCCCUGCUCUUCUUGUCCUCUUCACAUAUUUCAGAUAUCGUGACCCCCCCCACCACCACAGAGUAGGGCGGGCUGAAUGUCACAGGGGAAUAACACCAACUCCUGACAUUGCCUUCUGAUCCAAAGGGCUUGGAACCGGCUCAUGAGGAAAUUCUGACUCUGGCACCAAUGCUCUUGAAUGGAGAGGGUAUCAUCCAGGUAGAUGGACACCGUACAGAGAUGUGACCCUGCGUAACCUCUGGGUGCUACGGGAGCACAGGAAGGACAGACCUUUCCCACAGAAACUCCCUUCAUCGUUGCUCAGUGCUUGGCUGAGCAGAUGCAGUGAAAGGAAUUCCUGACAAGUUACGGGAGGGAAGCCCACCACCGUGAUUUGGACUUUACUGUAACUGAGAAAAUAUUUCCAAAUGUGAAUAUUUGCAGGGACACGGUGUGCCAGACAUGGAACAAGAUGGGGGCAACGAGUAUGGUUUCACUUUUGCUUCUAUAGUACCCUACGUUCAGUUUUUCUUUUAUAUUUCAUGGUUUGCUUUCUUUUUUUCUUUUCCUUUAGUAACUACCAUGGGUCUCUUGAGGCCUCAUGGAUAAAGAAAACGUAGGACAAAUGCAAGAACUGAUCUUGUUUGGGGUUCAACUAUGAUCAAAGGAAAAAGAAAAAGGUCACUUGCAGGCUUAUUUGCUGCUUUUAUGUUUGAAGCUAAGAAAAUGUUCACAGAAAAGCACAAAGAAACACGCGUGGAGGUACCAAAAAGAGCUCCUGCUGGACAUUUAUAAAAGAUAGAAGUUUUAGAGCAUCUUGUUGCAAGUCCAAAUCAGGGGGCAGUUUCUUAAUACGUAUCUAUAGCUCAAAUUUAGUAUUUGGGCGGGGGGGCAGAUAAGGGCUUUUCAUACUUGGAAUUUGUAGAAGUCGAUUAAAACAUUACCCUCCCCCAAAACAAACUGGUGCAGCUAGUCUCCUGCUACCCAACAUGCAAUUCCCACCAGCUCAGAGUUUAGAACUCAAGCCAUAGGCCUGGGCUUCUGAGGCUUUGCUUCAUAAAGAUAAGAAUUCUAAAUUCAGGAUGUGUGAGAGUGGGCCACGGUGAUAGACCCUCCAUGAGUGCACUUUGUUUCAAGAAAUCCCCAAACUGACUUCACAGGGGCUUGGGAUUUCAUGGAAUAUAAUGUGAAAAAACACUGUUUUUUAAUUCAGCCCAAACUCUGAGCCUCUUGAGGAGGGAGGGGGCCGAUGACUUUUCACCUCUGUAUUUGUCGCCGCCUCCUAGCACAGUGCCUGGCACGUCUUAGGUGCUCCACAAACAUCUGUUGACUAGAAUUCCUGGUAAUUGAAAGGAGCAUCAGAGAAAGACUCAGAGAUGAGUGAGAGAGAAUAGAUGAUCAUUUCCUGCAAGACAGGAAUGGAAGAAAGCAUGAGUCAGGGUUAGAUGGGGGAAUGAGAAUGCCUCUGAGGGAUAAGUGAAAUGGGAGAAAAAGAGGCAAGCAGGGAGUGUUCUAUUAGAAAGGCUAAUACUGUAAAUAGUCCAAGGUGACAUUUAUUAUUUUUGAAUACUGCUUUUGGGGUUUUUUUUCCAUUUUUAUAUUUUAAAAAUGUUAUCAGAGAACAGAGAUUUAUGAAGUUUUCUUUUACUCUACACAAUCCAAAUUAAAUAGCUUUUGGUGAUGCACUGUACACUUUCUUAAGAGUAAAUCUAAUAGCACAUUUUAACAGAAUCAAGCAAUGACUGGCAUUAUUCAUUGGGAUCUGACCACUAAAUAAAAUUCUUUAAUGCAGAAC